AUGCUUCCUUUCAGUUUCAUGACCACCUUCCUCCUCUUGUUCUUUUGUUCACAACCAGCUCUCUCACUAAACCAUGAAGGCCUCCUUCUACACCAAUUCAAGAACCACCUAACCGACCUUGACAACUCACUCUCUUCAUGGAACCCUUCAGACACAAGUCACACAACCCCGUGCCAUUGGUGGGGUGUCACGUGCGGCAACGCCACCACAACUCCCGUAACCAUCACCGUCACUCCCCUCUGCACUCUCAACGGCUCACUCCCAGCCAUCCCCCUCUGCCCGCACUCCACCCUCUCCAUCCCCGGCAACUUCAUCUCCGACACCAUUCCUCAAUCCCUCUCUGCCUGCCGCCGUCUCCGACACCUCGACCUCUCCCAAAACACUCUCGUUGGAACCAUUCCUUCCUCACCGCCCUCCACCACCUCGACCUCUCCUUCAACAACCUCUCCGGCGACAUUCUCGCUCAACUCAGCCACACUCUUCACCGCCUCCAUACAACUCCUUUGCGCCGAGUCAGCUCCCAAGUCAACUCAACUCGCCAACCUCAAAGAACUCUGGCACUCGGGUUGCAACCUCAUAGGUCCAAUCCCGAAUUCCAUUGGAAACCUCACGCGCCUCGAGAAUCUCGACCUCUCAAAGAACAAAUUCACCGGAGAGAUACCAGAAUCGUUAUCGGGGUUGAAUAGCGUGUUCCAGAUUGAAUUAUAUGAAAACGCGCUCACCGGCGCGUUGCCGAGGGGUUUGUUUAGAAACGAACUCGUUGGGAGCUUGCCGAGUGAACUCGGUAGUAACUCGCUGUUACAGAUCAUCGACGUCUCUUUUAACCGUUUUUCCGGCGAGUUGCCGGCGGGUUUGUGCCGGUGGGGAAAGUUGGAGGAGUUGCUCAUGUUGUUCAAUUCUUUUUCCUGGAAAAUUUCGGAGAGCCUCGGAAAUUGCACGAGCCUGAGGAGGGUUAGAAUUGGGAACAAUAACUUGUCUGGAAAGUUUCAAAUUUGUUGGGUUGAUCCUGAUGAAAUUGGAUCAUUGAAUAACCUUUUGGAGUUUCAUGGUGGUAAUAAUAAGCUUUCUGGUAGAAUCCGUGAUAGCAUGGCCAAAUUGAUCCAGUUGGGUACUCUUGAUUUGAGCUAUAAUGAAAUGUCUGGUGAAAUUCUGGGUUGGAUUGGCGGUUUGAAUAUACUCAAUGAGCUUAAUUUGGCACAUAAUAGGUUUAGGUUUAGUAGCACAAUUCCAAAGGAAUUAGGAAGGUUGUCUGAGCUUACUGUCCUUGAUCUUUCUAGUAACCAGUUUUUUGAAACCCUGAGCUAUGUGUUAAAGGAUUUGGGAAAUGUCAUAGCUCAAGGGGGAGAAAGUACCGGAGGUAUGCGUGGAUUUUCAGGUCCAUAUUUGCAGUUGCUGGAAUCUUGUUCAUCCUUGGGGUGGCUGUGUUUUAUGUGA